AUGGCUGCACGAUCUGUCACUCUCGGCAUCGACCUGGGCACCACGUCUGUGAAGGCGGCCCUGGUGGAGGCCGCGCCCGGCGACCCUUCUGGGUUCGUGGUACUGGCGAGCUGUGCUCGGGCUGCGCGGGCCGAGACGGCGGCCCAGAACGCGGCGGCGGGGCCCCAGGGGCGAGAACAGGAUGUGAGGAGAAUCAUCCAGGCCCUCCACGAGUGUCUCGCUGCCCUUCCCCGGGAGCAGCUCCGGAAGGUCUGUGGCAUCGGCGUGUCAGGGCAGAUGCAUGGAGUCAUGUUUUGGAAAACAGGCCAAGGCUGUGCAUGGACAGAGGGAGGGGCCACCCCUGUGUUCGAGCCUAGAGCUGUGAGCCACCUGGUCACGUGGCAGGAUGGCCGGUGUAGCAGCGAGUUCCUGGCUUCUCUGCCGCAGCCGGAGUCCCAUCUCAGCGUGGCCACGGGGUUUGGCUGUGCAACCAUCUUCUGGCUUUUGAAAAAUAGCCCGGACUUCCUCAAGUCCUACGAUACAGCUGGCACCAUCCAUGACUAUGUGGUUGCCAUGCUGUGCGGCUUGGCAAGACCCUUGAUGUCCGACCAGAAUGCUGCUAGCUGGGGCUAUUUCAACACCAGGAGCCAAAGCUGGAACUUGGAGAUAUUGGGGGCCGCCGGCUUUCCCGUCCAGCUGCUCCCAGACGUGGCGGAGCCUGGCAGCGUGGCAGGAAGAACUUUGCAGGCCUGGUUUGAGAUCCCAAGGGGGACGCAGGUGGGCGUGGCCUUGGGUGAUUUGCAGGCCUCAGUCUAUUCCUGCAUGGCCCAAAAGACCGAUGCAGUUCUCAACAUCAGCACCUCGGUUCAGCUGGUAGCCUCCAUGCCUUCAGGAUUCCAGCCAGUGCAGACUCCAGACCCCGCAGCCCCAGUUGCCUACUUCCCAUACUUUGACAGGACUUACCUGGCUGUGGCAGCGUCACUCAAUGGGGGCAACGUGCUGGCCACGUUUGUCCACAUGCUGGUCCAGUGGAUGGCGGAUCUAGGCCUGGAAGUUGAAGAAUCCAUGGUGUAUUCAGGCAUGAUCCAGGCAGCUGCCCAGCAGAGAGACACCUGCCUGACCAUCACUCCAACAGUGCUGGGCGAGAGGCAUCUGCCGGACCAGCUGGCCUCAGUGACUGGAAUCUCCUCCUCUGACCUCUCCCUGGGACAUGUGACCCGGGCCCUGUGCAGAGGCAUCAUUCAGAACCUGUAUUCAAUGCUUCCAUUUCAGCAGCUCCGGGAGUGGGGCGUGCAGCGGGUGAUUGGAAGCGGGAGUGCGCUGUCCAGGAACGAAGUGCUGAAGCAGGAGGUGCAGAGGGCGUUCCCUCUGCCGGUGUCCUAUGGACAGGAUGUAGAUGCAGCUGUGGGGGCCGCUCUGGUCAUGCUCCAGAGAAGCCUUAGCCAGCAGAAAUCCUAG